AUGUCGAUUUCCGAAGCGUCGAGCAUGAAAUCGGUGACGAGGAAGUCAGAAACGUCGGAUGCUUCCACUUCAGAAUCAGAGCCAAUGGUCAUUCCACCGGCGAAGAAAAUGCCAAGCGUUGAUCAGCUUGACCCGAGUUUUCGAGGAAUCAACGAGGAUGUUCCACAGGCGCUAAAAGACCCAGUAGAGGUUCAGAAGCUUCUUCUCGCAGAGCAAAUGAAAAGUGCCGAAGCAAGGUCGAGUUUCGACUUUCUGAUGGAGGAAUACCAAAAUGUGAAGAAUCGUCUCAGUGAUAAGGGAUCGCCGGAAGCUCUCAGUCGCAAAACAUCCAAACAAAGUGUCCAAGAGAGCACAUCUGAUGAGCUGCGGAAAAUUCAAGCUGAACUGAAUGCCACGAAAGCUCAGCUAAAUGACAUCCAAAUGUCGAGUACCAAGAGGGUACUCAAUGGAGAGGACGAUCCCCAGGGUCUGCACAUCCCGGAAAUGUGUCCAGCUGAGCUUGAAAUGGUCAAGGCGACAGUUAUCCACGAGAACAAGCACAAAUACAAUUUGGAAAAAGUGGGCUCCCUCGAAGAAGAAAUCGAAAAAUACAGAUCAUUAUACAACGAAACGCGAUCUCGACUUACCAUCAUCAAUGCCGACUUCGAGCAAGCCAAGAUGGAGCGUUUUGAAGAAGUUGACGCGCUGAAAUUCGAAGCUAAUGUGCGCGUCCGAGAAGCCGAGAAAGAUAGGGACUCGGCCAAGGCUCAACUCUUGGAGAUUCGAAGACACGCGAAUUCGCAAGUUGAUGGGCUAAGAAGAGAAAUCACUGUUCUUAACGAAAAAUUGGACUCCUACAAGACAGAAAACAAGACCCUCGAAGAAAGCAGACUGAAAUCGUUGAAAGAAGUUGACUCUACAAUCGUCGAAGCUAGAAAGUCCGCACUUGACGCCCAAAAUCAAGCUAAAAUCAACGAGCUAGAAAUCGACAGACUCAACAAUCUGGUAGAAUCGCGCGAAAAAGAGUUCUCCAAGUUGAGAGUUGAGCUGAAAGACACAAAAGCAAGCCUUGAAGUGCAGCGACGAGACUACAAAACACUUCAACGCGAAAUUAAGGAGCAAGCGCUCAAGUUUGAGAACGAUAAAGAAAUGAUAAAAGCAGAGUAUACAAAGCAGAUCAACGAUGGAAGACUCGAAAUCGAGAAAUACAGAGGAGCUUGGAAAAAGGCUAACUCGCAGCUAGAAACGACACGAAAAAAUGCAGAGAAGAGAUCUGGUCUCGCCGAGCUUGCCGAGAAAAGUGCAAACGAAAGAAUCGAAGAAAUUAAACGCGAACAGUGGGCUCUCGUUGAACAAAUCCGUAGCGAAAAACGAGAGACUGAUGCUCAACUUCAAAAAGAAACUGAAAAUUGCAGUCGCCUUCGAAGCGAACUCGAAAUGGCUAAGGAAGGAGUACGAAAUCUGACAGAAGAAAGGUUGAAACUAGCGGCGGAGAAAGAUCGAAGCCAUGCCGAGCUAGAGCUUCUGAAGAAGACAGGAGGCGUUCCGAAAGAAGAACAUGAUCGACUUAAGAAGAGGCUGCAGAGAAUGCAAGGCAGGAUGUCCAACUUUGCUCACGCAAUAAAUAUGCAAGAGGAAAGCUUCUCUGCCUCGCCUCAUUGGAUAUCUCCGCGAAAAGCAAGAUCUAAAGAAUCGGUCCUAACAUUGGAUGGAGUUGAAAAUAUACCAGCUGAAUUAACUCUCAUCAACAAAAGAUAUAUUGAGCAGAACCCAAAGAGGAGAUGUACGUGCAUUUACUAUCUCCGAUUAACCCUGUCCGUUGUCUUGAUGAUUGGAUUUGUCAUCGGCUUUGUUCUCCAUAAUUACGUCAGCUCGAUGCCUGAGUUCUGGGAGUCACCUGUCAUAGAUUUGCGAUCACUUGGAAGACCAGAGUGUAACCAAUUCGCAGAUGAACUGAAGGCAGAACCAAAUGCAUGGAAGCCGAGACAACAUUCUCAGGAGUACAUGGUCCUCACAUUCGUUGGCGGCAUAACCGAGUGGAUUAUGGGCUUCGGUUUCAUUACCUACCUUGGAAGCUUUACUGUCGAGUUCGCCCGAAUCGAAAAUAUCACUUUCGAAAUCGAAGAGCGCGCCGAACUCGAGGAGCAAUUUUCAACGAUAGAACAACCCAGCUGGUCAGCACUCCACAAGCAAAAGGAGCUUCCGAACCCAAAGCCCUAA